GAAAAGGGCUGGAAAGAACAGAGAGACAGAGAGUAAGCUGGCUCCAUCAUGUCCUAUUAUGAGGUACGGUUUCAUUCAGUAUUUAGACCAUGUUAACAAACUUUUAUGGGACUUUACUGUAACAUUUAUCUCAGUUAUCAUGUUAUUCACUUAUCAGAUUGUAGAAUCUGUUCUUAGAGUUUUGCACAUGUAUUUGCACGUUUGCUCAAUUAUCCUCUCUUUCUUCCUCUCUCUGAAGCACUUUGUGAUAACAGAAUCGGAUUAUGACUACAAUGACACGAGUUCCGGUUUUGGUUCUGGCUUGGGUGAUUUCGGCACUGGAUUUGAGGAGCCGUGUGACCGUGAGCUGCUGAGCCCCAGCGUGCAGCGUGUCUUCCUCCCGGUGGUGUACGGUUUCAUCUUCACCCUGGGGAUCACUGGGAACGGCCUGGUGGUGUUCGUACUGGGCUGCCAGCGGAAGGCCCGGCUCAGUCUAACGGACCGCUACCGGCUGCAUCUCUCCGCUGCAGACCUGCUCUUCGUUCUGGCACUGCCCUUCUGGGCUGUGGACGCUGCACUCGGGGACUGGCGCGUCGGAGCGGUCAUGUGCGUGGGCGUGCACGUCAUCUACACAGUGAACCUGUACGGCAGUGUGCUGAUCCUGGCCUUCAUCAGUCUGGACCGCUACCUUGCAGUAGUCAAAGCCACAGAAACCAGCACCACACACACCCGGCAGCUGCUGGCAUGCAGGCUGGUGUACGCUGGCGCCUGGCUGCCUGCUGGUCUCCUGGCCAUCCCAGACAUGGUGUUCGCUCGGACCCAGGAGGCAGGGGAGGGGGAGAUGGUGUGCACGAGGCUCUACCCGCCGGAGAACGCCCCACUGUGGGUGUCCCUGUUCCACCUGCAGACGGUGCUGGUGGGGCUGGUGGUGCCGGGCCUGGUGCUGCUGGUGUGUUACUGCGUGAUCGUGUCCAGGCUGACCCGGGGGCCGUUGGGGGGUCAGAGGCAGAAGAGGAGGGCGGUGCGGACCACUGUGGCUCUGGUUCUCUGUUUCUUCCUCUGCUGGCUGCCGUACUGCAUUGGCAUCGCCGUGGAUGCGCUCCUCCGCUUGGAGCUGAUCCCUCGUGGCUGUACGCUGGAGUCAGGCCUGGGGGUGUGGUUAGCGGUGUCUGAACCAAUGGCGUAUGCUCACUGCUGCUUGAAUCCGCUGCUCUAUGCCUUCCUGGGAGUGGGGUUCAAGAGUUCUGCUCGCCGCGCCCUCACACUUACCCGCACCUCCAGCCUGAAGAUUCUCCCGCGUAGACGAACAGGCGCCAUGACGUCCACGACAACAGAGUCAGAAUCAUCUAGUCUGCACUCCAGCUAA